AUGGAGGACCCAGAGUACGGGGGAGGUGACUCAGGACACCCUGAUAAUGGGGUGCCACCAGGGCAGGGGACCUUGGGACAUCGGGUUCCAGGUACAGGGGGUAACGGGGGGUGUCCAGAUGUGGAUUCUGUCCCCCCACCGAUCCCGGUACCAGCAGCCUGGCAGCGUCCCUACCUGAACAUCUUCAAGCACUUCCGUGUGGAGGAGUGGAAGCGUUCUGCCAAGGAGGGGGAUGUGGCCGCCCUCACGGACACGAGGCUGAAGGGAACAAUCUACCGGAUCCGGGGCUCCAACCCUGCCAGCAGUUACCUGCAGCUGCCCCGGGCUGGGACACAGUCACUGGGGCUCACAGGGCGCUACCUCUACCUGCUCUUCAGGCCCCUGCCCCGCAAGCACUUCCUUGUCCACCUGGAUGUCACCACCGAGGAAAACCAGGUGGUUCGCAUCUCCUUCUCCAACCUCUUCAAGGAGUUCAAAUCCACAGCCACCUGGCUGCAGUUCCCCUUUGUCUGUGGGGCAGCCAAGGACUCAGCGGGUGACUCUGUGUCCCGGCGCGGUGCCUCCGGAGCAGCCCCUGCCGACGUGCGCUGGACGUGCCUGGUGCUGGACCUGCCCUCCAUCCUCUCCCUGUACCUCAACCGCCGGUACAGCCACCUCAGGGCUGUCAAGCUCUGCUCCAACCUGCUCGUGAAGAACCUCUGCACCAGCGACUUGGUGUUUGACCCAGGUGUGACCUUCUCCAAGGCCCGGCACACCGACCUGGCCUGCCGUGGGAUCGCUCCCAUGCCAAGGGAAAUGGCAUUCCCUGUGCCCAAGGGAGAGAAGUGGCAUGACCUCUACGACUACAUCAGGUUCCCAUCCGAGGGGCUGAAGCUGCCGUACAACUCCAUCCAGAGGAGCUGUCCCAGUCCUGCGGCAGGUGACGGAGCCUCGGAGGAGCCUGUCCGCCAGCCGCCCCCGCCGGUGACACUCACCAGGGCCGUGUGUGACCGCCUGUCCCUCAUCCACCACAUCACCAGUCCCAAAGCUGUGCCACGCCGAUCUCCUGUAAUCACAAAAAGCAUCCCUGAGGUUCACCUGACAGCCCCAAGAGCUGUGCCUGCUGGGCACCUGGUGCCAGAGGAGAACCAGAGACUGCACAGUGUGGGGGACACUGGGCAGCCACCAUCAGCCAUCCAUGUCUACGCUCAUCAGAGGGGUGGACGGACCACCCGAGCUGUCCCUGCCGGCUCAGAGGAGAGGCUCUUACCGGAUCCCAUCCUGAAGCUGAGAACAAUUAUUGGCUUUGGAGGCUGCAGCACCAAAUGGGCGCUGUGGACGCAGAACAACGCCGCGGUGGUGUAUCCCUGCCACGCCGUCAUCGUCACCCUGCAGCUCCGGACCGGCGAGCAGAGGUUCUUCCUUGGCCACACAGAUAAGGUGUCAGCGCUGGCUUUCAACGGGAGCAGCACCUUGCUGGCCUCGGCGCAGGCCGGGCCCCGGGGCGUGGGGCGCCUCUGGGACUUCCGCACAGGCACCUGCCUGGCCGUGUUCAAAACCCAUGUGCACUCCCUCUGGUCCCUCAGCUUUUCCCGCAGCGGAGCCGUUCUGUGCGGAGUCGGGAGGGACGGGCAUGGCAAAACGUUGGUGGUGGUGUGGAACACUGCUCAAGUAACCCGUGGUGGAGGGGUGGCUGUGUUGGCCAAAGCACACACAGAUAUGGACAUCCAGGCCUUGAAGAUUGCUUUCUUUGAUGAGACCAGGAUGGUGUCGUGUGGCCGGGACAACAUCAGGCUGUGGCGAGUGCGGAGCGGGGCCCUGCACUCGUGUCCCGUCAACCUGGGCGAGUACCAUUCCCUGGACUUCACCGACCUGGCCUUCGAGGAGGGGCCCGUGGCUGAGCAGGAGCCCGAGGACCGUGCGCUCUUUGUCUGCAGCAAGAGCGGCCACGUGCUGGAGGUGGAUUACAAGAACAUGUCUGUGCGGAGCGCGCGGCGGCUGCUGCCGGCACAGCCCCGGGAACACGGGCAGGAGCAGGCAGGGAGCAGCUCAGGCCCUGGGAUUGCUAUAAACAGUAUUAGUAUGUCCUUGACCUUCUGUGCCACGGGAUCAGAGGAUGGCUACGUGCGGCUGUGGCCACUGGACUUCUCAGCCGUUGUCUUGGAGGCAGAGCACGAGGCUCCGGUGAGUUCUGUCUGCAUCAGCCCUGACAGCCGCAAAGUCUUGUGCAGCACAGCUGCUGGGAGCCUGGGCUACGUGGACAUCCAGUCCCGGGACUACAACACCCUCAUGCGCUCACACAAGGCCCCCGUGCUGGGCUUCUCGGUGGGGGGCAUUCGGAAGCAGAUAGCAACAGUGUCUCAGGACAGCACCAUCCGAGUGUGGGACCUGGUCUCCAUGCAGCAGCUGUAUGACUUUGCAGCCUCAGAGGAAGCACCGUGUGCCGUGGCUUUCCACCCCACCUGGAAGAUCCUGGCCUGUGGAUUUGACAGUGGGACUGUGCGGACCUUCAGCUUGGCCGCCUCCAAUCUCCUGCUGGAGCACAAGCAGCACCGCACUGCCAUCACCGGGCUGACCUUCUCUCCAGAUGGCAAUUUCAUGUUCAGCUCCUGUUUGCAGGGCACUCUGGCCCUGUACAAGUGUGUGGCGCAGAAAAGCCACGUCCUGAGGGUCCUGGGAAACGUGGUGGCCCGGGAUGCUGGGAGCGGUUGGGAUGCCCUGGUGGUCAGUGGGGACAGUCACCUCCUGGCCUUCGUGGGGCCCUCCAAGUAUGUGGUGACCGUGAUGGAGGCCUGUUCUCUUGAUGAGCUGCUGAGGGUGGACAUCAGCAUCCUUGACUUGCACAGCACUGUCUUGGACUCUGCAGUGAGGGUCUGCUUUGGUCCUGUGCCUCAAGGCGAGCUCCUGGUAUCCACUUCUUCCAAUAAAAUCCUCGUGCUUGAUGCAAAAACAGGACGACUGGUGCGAGAGGUGUCCCCCAUGCACAAGCUGACAUGUUCUUCCUUUGCACUGAGCAGGGAUGGCCAGUACCUGCUCACUGCUGGUGACAAGGUUAUCAAAGUGUGGGACUAUCGGAUGCGCUUCGAUAUCAACUUCCAGGUGUACAUCGGCCACUCAGAGCCCGUGCACCAGGUCGCCUUCACCCCGGACCAGCAGCACGUUGUCAGUGUUGGAGAUGCCAUCUUCCUCUGGGAUUUCCUAGCUCCAGUUGGAGCAAAGUCACCCCCAGCCAGGGCUCGUUCCCCCGCAUCUGCUCGGCUGCCAGGACCAGAAGGCAGCUCUGAGAAGCCAAAGGAUGUUUCUGAGACCCUUAGGCAGACAGUGCCUCUUCCACUGCUGUCCUCACCCCCGUGUUUGGAUAUCAGCUCUGCCCAACAAGCAGGAUAUCAAGGUAUUUUCUCUGAAUUGGACAAAGAGGAGGAAGCAGGUCUGCCAGGCAGCAGCAGGAUGGUGGCAAACAGAGACAAAGAUGCCUCAGUCUUUGUGGUGGAGUCAGAUAGGAACAAGGAGCUUGUGAGGUCCAAAGUGAGGCAGGAGAGCCCAAGGUCUCCUGAAAAAUCAACAAAUGAAGCCAGGAAGGGAACCAAAACUCCCAAGUCCCAGUGCUCCAUCCGCCCGGAUUCCUACCGGCACUUCACUCCUCGCUUCAAGGCAUCAGUGCUGCCCCAGAGUUUCCUGUCUCCUCCAGCAGGCAGCGAGGUCUUGAAGCUGAAAGCAGUGAUUGGCUACAAUGGAAAUGGCAGAGGGAACAUGGUGUGGAACCCAGAUACAGGCUUCUUCGCCUACUCCUGUGGCUGCGUCAUCGUGGUUGAAGACCUGCACUCAGGGUCCCAGAACCACUGGCUGGGCCACGCUGAGGAGAUCUCCACGCUCGCCCUCAGCCACGACGCCCAGGUUCUUGCCUCUGCCUCAGGGAAGAAGGAUGGAGACUCCCACUGUCAGAUCUGCAUCUGGAGCAUCCCAGAUGGGGCCUGCACAGCAGAGCUCUUCCACCAUGAGACACAAGUACAAGCCAUGGCAUUCUCUCGGGAUGACAAAUUCCUUGUCACCAUAGGGGACUACAGUGACCAGAGCAUUGCUUUGUGGAGCACCUACACUUACCAGCUCCUCCUGUCCACUUGUGUCUCGGAGCCAGUUCAUGACGUGGCUUUCAGCCCUGUGUCUCACCAAGACCUAGCCUGUGUGGGGAGAGGAGCUGUGAUGUUUUGGCUGCUGGAGCAGCAGGGAGCUGCUGUCAACCUCAAGGUUCAUCAGGCCCCUGCCCCGGAUGUGCUGGGGCUGGUGGAGCUCACAUCUCUCUGUUAUGGUGCUGACACUCUUCUGUACAGUGGGACCAACUCAGGCCAGAUCUGUGUGUGGGACACUGAGACCAGUUGCUGCUUCAUGACAUGGGAGGCUGACGAGGGCGAGAUCGGGGUGCUGCUGUGUCGGCACGACAGGCUGGUGAGCGGCAGCAACACGAAGCGCAUCCGCCUGUGGGCAGUGGGCAGCGUGCAGGAGCUGAGGCUGAAAGGGCCUGAUGCCAGGUCCAGCUCAGUCCUGCUGGAGCAUGAGAUCACCCUGGAUGGGACGAUCGUCAGCGCAGCCUUCGACGACUCCCUGGAAAUGGGCAUUGUGGGCACCACAGCAGGAACCCUGUGGUACAUCAACUGGCUGGAGAGCACGAGCAUCCGGCUCAUCAGCGGCCACAAGAGCAAGGUGACCGAGGUGUGCUUCAGUCCUGACGAGACUCACUGUGCCACGUGUGGGGAGGAUGGCAGCGUGAGGGUCUGGGCUCUGAGCAGCACAGAGCUGGUGGUCCAGUUCCAGGUGCUCAACCAGAGCUGCCAGUGCCUGGCCUGGAAGCCUCGUCCCGUCGGGCUGUGGGGAGCUGAGAGCCAGCACGUGGUGGCAGGAUACAGUGAUGGCACCAUCCGUGUGUUCAGUGUUUCCAGGACAGAGAUGGAGCUGAAACUGCACCCCCACAGCGCUGCACUGACAGCAAUCACCUACUCCACAGAUGGAGAAAUGAUCUUAUCAGGGGGCAAGGAUGGGCUGGUGGCUGUGAGCAGCCCUCGCACUGGAAUGACCAUCCAUGUCGUGGCUGACCACAAAGGCUCCCCCAUCACUGUUCUCCAGUGCACCAGGAAGCAGUACCACGACUUCGGGGUGGAAGGGGGUGAGCUCUGGCUGGCCACGAGCUCGGACCGCCGGGUCAGCGUCUGGGCCUCCGACUGGCUCCAGGACAAGUGUGAGCUCCUCGACUGGCUCAGCUUCCCAGCUCCUGCCGACCCCGAGGGUCUCGAGCUCCCUCCCAGCCUGGCUGCGUUCUGCCCUUGGGAACAAGAUGUCCUGGUCUACGUGGGGUUUGGGGUGCAGGAGGAAGCCUUGUUCUACAAUCUGCGCAAGAAGCAGGUGGUCAGGAGAGUCUCCUUGCCAGCCUUUGCCACCUCGCUCAGCCUGUCCCCGGCCGCGCCCUUCAUGGCCCUCGGCUUCCACGCUCGGCUGCUGCGGCUGCAGCCGUGCCCGGCCGGGGACCCGCAGGACUACGCCGGCCAUGACGACACCGUCCACCUCUGCCGCUUCGCGCCCUCCGGCCGCCGCCUCCUCACGGCCUCGCACAGCGCCGUGCUCGUGUGGGAACUGACGGGCAGCUGAGCCGGGCGGGCCUUGGACUGGCGGCGCUUCUCCAGCGGGGACAGAGCCCGGGGGGGCCCGGCCCCGGCUCCCGGGACAGGCCCCGGCUCCGGCCCCAACCAGGCCUCAACUACCGUCCCCACAGCUCCAGGGCCCGGCGGUGGCGGCGGGCCGGCACCGCCUGGCCCCAGGAUGUGUCUCACGACCCCGUUCGCCGUUUGUUAUCGUUAAAUGUUUUGUUUUCGUUAAUAAACCAUCGACAGAC